GCUCAUUCGUUUUAGUACGGUUGUCGUGUCGUGUGUGUUGUGCGUUGAUUACUGUCUUGUGCUGCGUUUGCAUUCAUCCUGCAGAAGAAACGAUAUUAUAAUAUUUUAAUAUUAUCGUUGUGUUUUCGUAGUCGGUCUUAGCCGUUUAUUAUUUUUUUCUGGACGUCAUCGCUUUUUUUCGUUUUUACUUCGAAUCCCCGCCAUCGAGGGUGACGACAAUUUUGCCGAAUCGACUUCCAUACGACAAUUAUUGCCGAGACCGAAAUUCGUGCUGACACUCGGUAUGCAAUARCCGCUGCAGUCUCUGUCCGCUCCGUUUUCGUCUCGUCUCUUGUUUUUCGUUCUCAAUAUACAUUUCGGACCGAGUCUUGUCUCAUCACCGUCCCGUGCCGGCGGCUGACCGGCAUAUCAACCGACAAAUGAUGGUGCUACUACAACAACAGCACAUCAUCCAACAGCAGCACCCGGCGCACCACAGGAAUCACCACCAUCAGCAACAGGCUUUGGCGUCCUCGCCCACCCAAUGCUGCGCAACCGCGGCUGGCUCCACAUCGUCCGGUAACGUCGCGCUGGACAACGCCGCCGGUUAYUUUGAUCUCGUGGUCACGGCAGCCGCAGCCGCGGCGUCGUCCACAUCCUAUCACCAUCAAUACAACAGCCAACACCAUUACAACAACAACAACCUGGUGCUGCACCCGGCAGGGGCCGCGGUCGACGACAUGGCGCUGUCCACUCCAGGCAACMGACGGAGAUAUUAUAUAAAAAACGGAAUCACCUACACGACGAGCAUUGGGACAACCACCCCACCCAGCCAAACCGGCGGCAGCGGUUCCACUACACCCGACAACAACAUCGCCGGCGCUGGUUUGAUGGUGACAGGCGGCGGCGACAACGGCAUGGAUUCGACAGUAUCGUCGCCCCCGGACCUCUAUCCGCAGCAGCCGCAAGCUCCGCAGCCGACCGCCAUACCUCUGAUCCAGCAGCAGCAGCAACAGCAACAAUUGAUGCAACAACAGCAGCAAAACAGAUACCAGCAGCAGAGGGACUAUCACCACCAGCAACAGCACAGAGCCAAUCACCGGUACAUACAGCAACAGCAACAGGAUAACUACACCGGCGAACAGCAACCGUAUCCGACAACCAGCGGCAGCCCUUACUUGGACGCUGGCGGUGGUACCACGUCGCCUUAUCUGACAUCCGCUAAUUCGGUGCCGCCAUCUCAGUCGGGCGCGCAAACCGUGCCUAACGGUGCCUCCACCACGACUGGACCGUCUCAUCAGACCUCCGCGGUCACAGCGGCCGCUGCGCUGGCCGCGGUCGAUCACUGGGCAGCCGCCGCGGCUGCUGCCGGUGCCGAUUCGGCUCUGCAACUGCAGUUUAUGCACCAGCAACAACAGCAAUAUCAACAGCAACAACAGCAUCACCACGGCCAUCAACAGCAGCAACAACAACACCAUCACCAACAACAACAGCAGCAGCAACAUCUCCAUCACCACCAUUACAACAACAACAAUCCGCACGUUCAACAGCAACACCAACAGCAGCACCAUUUAAUGGUGCCCGGUGGUGGCAACAACAAUAUGUCGGUUGACAUAAAACCAUGUUUGCAGUUACAAGCUCCCCCUCUCAUUACCGGUUAUACGCCAAAUGGCGGUCCUUGUUUCACCGGCAGCGGCCCCAUACAGUUAUGGCAGUUCUUGUUGGAGCUAUUGACCGAUCGCGCCUGUAAGGCGUUUAUUUCCUGGACGGGCGACGACUGGGAAUUCAAACUUACGGACCCCGACGAGGUGGCCCGCAGGUGGGGCGUGCGCAAGAACAAGCCAAAAAUGAACUACGAAAAGCUGAGCCGUGGUCUUAGGUAUUAUUACGACAAGAACAUCAUACACAAGACAGCCGGCAAACGAUACGUGUACAAAUUUGUUUGCGAUCUCGAAAGCCUUCUUGGCUAUAGUGCCCAACAAUUGCACGCCUUGGUUGACUUCAAACCCGAGUGCGGCAACAACAACAAAGACGAUGAGUAGAUGAUGGUGUUCACAGCCGUCGUCGUUUUUACUACUGUGUACGAUCGCAAAGACUGAGCUGCUGAACGACAAUUUAUUUAUUUUUUUUUAUUUUUUUUUUAAUCAAAUAAGCGAUAAUUAUUAAAUUAAAGUUUAAAUUUAAACACACUUGAUGUGUGUUGUAUAUAUGAUAGAAAUAAUCGAAGUAAUCGCCGGGAUUGCGAUUCACCUGAUUAAAAAUAUAAACAUCAUUAUUGUUAAGUAUACGAUUUUUAUCAUUUCCUUUUCUUUUUUUUUUUUGUGUA